UAUUCAAUUUGUGUAUACCUCGUGGUUUAAUCUCCUAUCGUUUGCCCAUGUAACAUACCUAUUGUGUCGGCGUUAUUAUUAAUGGAUAUGCUAUUCAUUGUCGUUCGAAUGGUAGUAGCACAGCUGUAAACAUUUCAUAUUUUAAAAGAUAAAAAGGGAAAAUGGGGCGUGGUGGUUAUCAUUCCAGCAGAGCAGAAUUUCUAUCUGACGAAGCCAUCUUAAAGUACAAUAGAAACGGAGGAUGUUUUGUAACCACCAAGAAAGCCAUAGCCUUCGUAGUUUUUGCCUUGGGGUCUUUACUUGCAGUUGUCCUUCUGAUGUAUUUUUACGGACCUAACAGGCACGAGCAGAAGAUUAUAAUGGAAUCCAACGAUAUAGAAAAACUUAUCAAUGACACGUUAAACGAACAAGUACCUAAAGAAGAAUUACGUUUACCGAAUACCAUCCGUCCGUUACACUACCGAUUAUGGAUUCAUCCAAUAUUAGACGAGUACGGUGAGAAAAAUUUCACUUUCAGCGGUCGCGUAAAAAUCGUCGUAAAUUGCCUGAAAGAGACAAACAAAAUAGUUUUGAACUGGGACGAAUUAAAUAUCACCGAUUCGGAUAUCAGUAUUUACAGUACGAAAGGGACCAUGUCGGAAUCGCUAAAAACUCCGUUCAGCCAUCCACUAACUAGAAGAGACUUGGGAGAACUCGGCGAAGAGGAUAACGUAACUAUGUUUUUCGCCGAGGGCAAUUCAAUGUUGACAACCACCGAAGAAACUACCACGGUAACGGCCACGACCGACGCGACGGUGGAAAUUGCAGAGACGACCUCUGAAAGCAGCAAAACUAAAUCGGAACUGAUACCGUGGCCUGUAAAGGAGGUAUCUACGAAUGAGGAAAAUCUCAAACUCACCAUUGGUACAGGGAAGAAUUUGCAACAGGGCGAAGAAUAUAUGAUCGAUAUAAAAUUUACCGGGCAAAUACUGAAUAACCUGGUAGGAUUGUACAGAACCCAUUACAUAGAUUUAUCGGGAAAGACGAGGUGGUUGGUAACGACUCAUUUUCAGCCGAUUCACGCAAGAAGGGUGUUUCCCUGCUUCGACGAACCCAAAUUUAAGGCUCCCUUUGAGAUAAGCAUAGCCAGGAGGACAAACAUGACCGCGUUAUCCAAUACGCCUCUAAGACAGACGGAACCCAUGAACGAGACCACAGGUUGGGUAUGGGACCAUUUCGAAGAGACACCCCCAAUGUCUACGUACAUAGUGGCGUUCACAGUGAGCGACUUCGAAAGUAUAUCAUCCGACUUAUCGACGACAGGACCCGUAAUAAAGAUCUGGGCACCCAGGGAUGAUCUCUCCCAAGCGUACUACGCCUUAAACAUCACCCACGAAUUAGUGCCGUUCUUGGAAGAUUAUUUCGACAUUAAAUACCCCCUGCCUAAGCUGGAUAUGUUGGUGAUUCCUAAUUUCGGUAAAUCGGCUAUGGAAAAUUGGGGGUUAAUCUCAUUUAGAAAGUCUUCCCUCUUGUUCGACACGAAUUCCAGAAGCAUUAAAACGAAAAGUUUCAUAAUGGCCAAGGUAGCUCACGAGUUGGCCCAUCAGUGGUUCGGCAAUUUGGUAACCAUGGAAUGGUGGUCCGAUUUAUGGUUAUAUGAAGGAUUCGGAACGUUCAUGGCCGAAGUGGCAAUCACGCGUCUUCGGCCCAGAUGGCACGCCUACAGUAGCAUCAAAAUCAGGGAUACGUAUAACACGCUUUACUUCGACACGCUUAAAUCGACGCGUAGCAUACAGACGCAAAUCGAAAAUAACGGUCAGAUAGAUCAAAUCUUUGAUACCAUUAUUUAUCAGAAGGGCAGCAGCAUUUUGAAAAUGUUAAACUACACUUUGUCCGAGAACAUAUUCGUACGCGGCAUUCAGGAUUAUUUGAAAAAAUAUUCGUAUCAGUCUUCGAGUCAAGACGACUUGUGGGCCGUGUUCACCAGAAAGGCGCAAAACGAAAGCGUCAUUCCGAAUAGUGUAACUGUGAAGGACCUGAUGAAAUCCUGGUCUACCCAAAGCGGCUAUCCCUACAUCACAGUAAUGAGAAACUAUACCGCUUCGGAAGCGGUAUUAAAUCAGACUAAAAUGACCGAAGACACCAAUAUAACAGCGGAUACGUUGUGGUACGUCCCGAUCACCUACAUGACGGAAAAUGAUAACAACGUGAGGAUUUCGUGGCUGGAAAACGAACGCGAAACCGUCUUAAGUUUGAAUAGUACCGGAAAUGACUCCUGGUUGCUCCUAAACAUAGACGAGACGGGUUUCUAUAGAGUUACUUACGAUACCCGCAAUUGGAAACUCUUAGUUCGGCAACUCAGACGGGACCCCGGGAAAAUUCCAGUGGCCAAUAGGGGACAGCUUAUAGACGACGCCUUCCAACUGGCGAACGCCGGGAUUAUCAAUUAUACCAUCGCCUUCGACUUGGUCAAGUACUUGCACAUAAAGGAGCCGAAUUACAUCCCGUGGUAUAGCGCGCUGAGGAAUGUGGAAGAAUUAAGAGUGAUAAUAAGUAAUUACGAGUACUCGGGACUGUACGACAAUUUCCUGCUAAAGUUGGUGAAACCCAUGUUCCACGAGCUAGGAACGACGCAAGGGAAAGACGACACCCAAAACGAAAAACUGCUGAGGCUCCAUAUAGUCACGUCUGCCUGCAAACUGAGAUACGGACGAUGCAUAACGUGGGCCAGAAGCAAAUAUGAGGAGUGGACGCAGCAGCCUAAUCCAGAUAAAGACAAUCCGAUACCAAUCGACUACAGGUUUAUCGUGCAAUGUUCGGCCAUCAAAUCGGGGGGGCCCAUCGAAUGGGACUUUUUAUGGAAUAGGACACUGUCCCCUUCAGUCGCGCCGGUGGAUCUACAAACGGCUUAUCUAAGUUUAGGUUGCACCUACGACCCGUGGUUAAUUAACAGGUAUCUAGAAUAUUCACUGGCUGGAAAUAUUAGUUUGGAGUAUGUACCGUAUGUGUGGCAAUCCAUAAAUCAUCCGGUGGGCGUCCGGACCGGGUUUCAAUUUUUGCGAUUAAACUGGAAAAGGAUUUAUGAGACGUAUGAAGACGUGUAUUUGGUUUUCAGUACGAUAUUCCAUGACUUUGUUAGCCAGUUGUCUACGGAAAUCGAUCUGGAAGAUUUAACAACGUUCUACAAGUUGCACCAAAACGAUUUAAAAUCCGUUUCCGCAAUACUCCAGAGUACAGUGGACCGCAUGAAGAUACGGAUCAAAUGGAAGACAAAACAUUUGGCAUCCGUGGUGAAUUGGUUGGAGGAAAAUACUAUAUACUAAUUAUUAAUUAUUUUCAUCCAGUUACAAACUGGAUAAAAAUAUUUAUUACAACGUGUACCUUGAAAUGAGAACCUCACCACUACGCGGCAACAAAGAGUGUCCGACAUAUUUAAAUUCUAACAUUUAAUUUAAAUUUGUAUAUACAUAAUAUAGAUAUAUAUAUAUAUUAUUUUGUAGAAUAGAAAAUGUAUGUAAAAUAUACGCAAAAAUAGUAAGU